AUGCAUUAUGGAGAUGCUGUGCCGGCGGCCCAGGCCAAAGCCACAAAGGCAGAGGAGGGGAAGAAAGCUACUGAGGCCCAGCUUACUGUUGCGCAAGCAGAGGUGGAACGGCUGAAGAAAGAGCUCUAUGAGCACCACAAGCUCACCACCAAUGCUGUGGAGGCUUCCAACAGAGAAAAGGCAGAGCUGAGGCAGCAGAUAGAGGCCCAGUCAGAGGAGAUUGCCUCUUUGAAGGAGGAAUUGAAGUCUGCGGGGGAGGAGGUACAUCCCACUCUGGACAUCUCUCCACUGGAGGUAGAGUUUGGGGGGCCAACUGGAGGUCGGCCUAAUAAGGUUGUCGAGGAGGCUCCGGAGGCCCAAGAGGCGGCCAGUGCUGAAGUCCCUCCAACAAACUAG